GUUGUGUUCUUCGACAAAACCUCAACCAAAAAAAAAAAGUGUUGCAUCUGCUACUAACGACCAAAGAGCCAUAGAGACCAAGUGGAUCUGAGACACAGCCGAAACACAAUCGGCCAUCAAUCUGGCUGACAAACCAAAACAAACAUAUCUGGACUUGCAAACCAAAAAAAAAAAAAAAAAACAUGAAGGCUUCCAUGGUCAAGACCAACAACCAUCAAGAGAACAGUCUCAUAAGACUCUGGACGAUAAUAAUCAGCAUCAUCAUCCUAGAAACGACCAACAACCACCUCAUCCAGGCCAUCAGGACACUCCAAGAUGGAACCACCGCAAUCCCAUUCCUACCCACCGUAGUGCCAUUAGCCGUCCGAUCGCCGUAUCUCGGCACAUAUCUCCAAGGCGGACAGGAUAAGGAUCUCUCCGAAAGCAGUCCGCGUUUUUGGACCGGCGCUCCUGUCGGCUGGAAUGGCUUGAUUCGGGUCGACGGACAUGUGUUCAAUUGGAUGGGCAACCUUACUCACUGGCCAGCAGCUAAUAACACCAAAUUCGAACACACGGCUUCAUCCUCGAUCUUUAGAUUUGCGAUAGGACCACCACAAGAGGAAGAAGGCGCAAGUGAGCCGGCGAAAGUAUACUUAGACGUCACAUUUCUCUCGCCGAUCACGCCACACGAUCCGUUCCGACAAUCACUGCCACUCUCGUAUCUAAGUCUGACGGUCUCGUCGGCGGAUGGCGAGGCGCACGAGGUCGAGCUCUACACCGACAUCAAUGGAUUAUGGUGUGCGGACUCGGAAGCGAUGGAUGUAGAAUGGACGAGCUAUACGAAGGAUUACAAGGAUCAAAGGGUCCCGCGACCGAGCUGGACGGCCAUGCAACUCAAGCUGCGCAACCAACAGCCAUUUGUGGAAGCAGACGACCGGAUCCUGCAUGGCGGGGUCUGGUACAGUGCGAUGAGCUUCGACGAGGACCGGAUCUUGCAGACCCACUCCGCCGGCCAAGACGGCAACCGCACCCGCUCUGUCUUCGCCCAGACCGGCCAAUUGGACCUGCCGCUCAACGACACCUUCCGGCCGAUUCGUACCCGUGUUCCCAUCCCCUCAUCCGAACGGAAGAAUAACGAGGAAGAAGACGAGGAGGAAGAAGGAGAGUCGAUGAUGAUCAUCGAUGAGCCCGUGUUGGCAUGGGCCCAUUCGUUCGGAUAUGUGAGUCCGAAACGGAGCUACAACUCCCGCACGGUGAUCAAGAGCAUCGGGCACAUCCGAAGUCCGGCGGUCCAAUACAUGACGGCCGAGGAGAAAGUAGUCGAGCUCCUACCACUAUGGAGCUCGCGCUUCACGAACGAGACCGACUUGGUAGGCUUCCAUCUGUUCGACUACAACCAUGUGCUAACGGCCAGUCAGAGCUGGGAUGCGCAACUGUACACGGAUGCGAUGCGGGUCCAGAGCCGGUCGUAUGCCGACAUCCUGGCGGUCUCGACCCGGCAGAUCUUCAUGGCCAUCGAGGCUGUCCGGGCGGACUAUCCGGGGGCCGAGGAUCUCUCCUCUUCGCCCUCCCUACUAGUUGACGGGACGAGCACGAUGUGGAUGUUGAAAGAGAUCUCGUCGAACGGUAACUGUCAAACGGUCGAUGUCAUUGCGCCCUUCCUCCCAUUUCUGAUCUACACUGCCCCUCAAAUGAUCCCGCAGCUCUUGGAGCCCAUCUUCAGAUACAUCGCCACCGGCCUCUACCAGCCGUUGCCCACCCCUCAUGAUCUGGGCGACCAUUAUCCUAAUGCGACCGGCAGAAAUGACUUCAUCUACGCUAAUCUUCCCGUCGAGGAGUCCGGUAAUCUGCUCGCUAUCCUCCUCGCUUGCUUAAGAUUGGGCACCUGUCACCACCAGGCUCAGACUUAUUAUCAGAUCCUCGUCCAAUGGGCUGAUUGGCUCGUCGACAAUACUCUCUAUCCAGAUGAUCAAAGAUCCACUGAUGAUUUUUUUGGGCCGACGGCCAACCAGACGAGUUUGGUAGUAAAAGGGAUCAUGGGCUUGCGAUCGAUGUCGGAGAUCUCGAUUGCGCUAGGCCAAACGAAUGACUCGACCCGUUACGGUGAUAAAGCUAAUGAAUUCUCCCGCGAGUUCCUGAAAAUCGCUGUCUCUAAUGAUCGCACCCAUUUGUUAGGCAGUUAUGGAAACCAGUCUUCUUGGAGCACUCAAUAUAAUUUAUACUUCGAUAAGCUGUUUGGAUUUAAGUUAUUUCCUGAAUGGGUGUAUGAGAUGCAAGACCAAUGGUAUCUGAUCCAAGCGGGUAAAGGACCAUAUGGGCCGCCGUUGGAUUCACGCUCGCGGAACCGAGCGAAGACGGACUGGAUGAUGUGGGCGGCGGGGGCAUCGAGUUCGAACGUGACGCGGGAGAUGUUUGUAUCAGGACUAGAGGCGUAUGUGCGACGGACGGAGAAUGUAGUGUUUGGGGAUCUGAUCAGUCUAGAUGAGGGAUGGUCUGUUGGGUUCCUGACCCGGCCGGUUGUUGGGGGCCAUUUCUCGCUUGUCGGGUUAAAGACGAUGGCAGCUCGGCCGGCGUUGACGGGACAUCGCAAGGCUGUUUGGGGCGCUGGAUGUGGACGCGUUGAUCGACGAU